AUGCCCUCUCAUCUGUCUUAUCCAGAUCUAGGCAGCUCAGAGUUUACUCAUCCCAGUCAACACUCUGAUUCGACGCCUUGGUACCUUCGUGAGGAUGCCACAUCUCCAUUGGUGGAAGCAAAGGAAAUAGAACUUCCCACCAUUCCAGGUAACUCUCCCGAAUCAUUGAACAAGUUCUUGAAUCUCUUGGCUUAUGAUUAUGGUAUCCAAGACUUGGUUUUGUUCGACACCUCCACCUUGGAGGAAGACCAUCCCUACAGCACCAAAGAACAACCAACUAACUAUUAUAUUAUCGGAACUGGAAAGUCCGAGAAGCACAUAUAUAAGGCAGCCUCCGAGUUGAGAAGCCACAUUAAGCACACUCACAACAUUAUUCCCCCAAUGGAAGGCAUGGUCUCAGGUGGAGUCAAACCGGUGGUGAGAAGAAGACUCCUCCGUAGAGCAAGAAAAGGCCCGCCAGCAACCGACAAUGACUAUGGCAAACUACCAAACAGUUGGAUUAUGUGUGAUACCAAGGUUGAUGGGGUGUAUAUCCAUAUGUUGACCCAGCAAAGAAGAGACGAGUUGAAUUUGGAGAGUCUCUACUGUCCAGAAGAGGAGCUCGAGCAAUACGAGACUUCCAACGGGCAAUUUGCCGACUCGGACGAUAUCUUUAUCGGUAUCAGAAGAAUGCAUACCAUGACGCCAUUCGCAAGACACAACCAAGCCAGAUUUAAUUCUACCACCUCCCAAAGUAUCUACUCCAGAUUGAUCAACGAGAAUCAACAGAUCACUAACGAAGACGUCAAGAAGUACAGCAAGGAAUUCUUGAAAACUUUUAGAGAAGAUUCCUUGGAGGACCACAGAGUAAGGUACAAAUUUUACCGAGCUCUACACCUAGUCAAACCCGAAUUUGUUUCGUUGGAGGAACUCGAGCAGAUGUUGUUGAGCAAGUACGCCUCGCUCCCGAUCGCCUUGGCAGAACGUCACCAGUUGGAAGAGAACAGGCAGCAGGACAUAAUAGACUACAUGAAAUUGCUUGUUGAUUCUCCAGAAGUAAGUGAAAAUAUCCAGUUCAAGACGGUGGGAGAGCAUUGCGAUUACAUCUAUGAUGCAUUGUCCAAAUUCGUCUCCAAAGUCUUGUUGUACUCACCUUCACAGGUGGACCUUUUGUCCAACCCCGAAUUCACUGCCUUGUUGUGGAGAUUAUCUUAUGUUGAGUCUGGGCCAUUUGUUGGCUCCAACACCAUCAACGAUAUCAUUUAUAAUGACAAACUGAUACCCUCCGAAUCCACCACGAGCAUUGACCAGGCAAAGAACAGAGCGAGGGAUAUCCUCGAGAUCAUCAAGUACCACAACUCGGUCACCAACACCUGCACCACUCCCUCUUUUAAGGAGUUGAUUCUCUUCACUUAUGGGAACGACGGCAACUGGAAACAGUUCUGGAAGCAGUGGGACUCGUCUUUGGGCUCGUGGAACAACGAGACUGAUUCCAAGACGCUCUUGGGCUACUGGGUGCGGUUGGCUGUGUAUUUGUCGUGUCGUCACUCCAAGACUGCAACCAUCCACUUCCUCCACAACUACUGGAACCACUCACUCAACGGAAGAUCGUUCAUGGGCGACUUCAACGCCAACGGGGGUCGCUUUGGCUCCGAGCAAGAGCACCAUGCCUUCACCCUGGCCAUCAACGCCAUGUUGAGAGACUUGAACGGAUACGAAAAGUCCGCCAGCUUCAACCACAUCAAGCAGUUUAUUGAGGGGUUGUAG